UUCGUAGCUCCGAAGGCGUGGCUGCCAGCAAUAGCUCAUCACCCGCUAGAUAACGCAGAAUGUCUGGCCAGCCACUACUCGACAAGUCUUUCUCUAUCCGUCAAUGCAGCUCUACGUUUUAUGGUGUUACGUAUACACGUAUACACAGUGUAUAUGUACGUAUAACAAUAAUAAUAUCGCUUCUGCAGAUCAAUGGUUCUGAAGGUGCACUUCGCUCACUUCCAGUAAUCCCCAAAACACACCCUCUGCCCUUACAUAUAGUCUGAAGACCUGAAGCUCACAUCUCUAACUUCUCUGAUGUUUCCAUGGAAACCAUAUCCACUUCCUCUGAGAGAUUUUGUCCACAACAUGAUGUAAGGCAAAACUCUACUCUUAGCUGAAGUUCUGGGACCUGAGGUUUCAUCCUGUGCAAGAUGUUUCAUGUCAAUUCAUGUUACUGAAGAUAAAGGGAACAGAAGGGUAGCCCUCUCCAAUUUGGAAACUUCAGUGGAGACAGCAGUGGUCUCCAUGGAAUGGGGACAACAGUGGCCUCUGUAGAAUGGGGGACAACAGUGGUCUCCAUGGAAUGGGGGACGACAGUGGUUUCCGUGGAAUGGGUGAUGACAGUGGCCUCUGUAGAAUGGGGGAAAACAGUGGUCUCCAUGGAAUGGGGGACGACAGUGGUUUCCGUGGAAUGGGUGACGACAGUGGCCUCUGUAGAAUGGGGGAAAACAGUGGUCUCCGAGGAAUGGGGGAUAACAGUGGUCUCCGUGGAAUGGGGGACGACAGUGGCCUCCAUGGAAUGGGGGAUGACAGUAGUCUCUAUGGAAUGGGGGAUGACAGUGGUCCUCGUGGAAUGGGGGACGACAGUGGUCCUCGUGGAAUUGGGGACGACAGUGGCCUCUGUAGAAUGGGGGAGAACAGUGGCUUCCGUGGAAAAGGGGAUAACAGUGGUCUCCUUGGAAUAGGGGAUGACAGUAGCCUCUAUGGAAUGGGUGGUCCUCAUGGAAUGGAGGACGACAGUGGUCUCUGCAGAUUGGGGGGGAAUAUAUAUUACAUAUAGAGAUCGGCAGCUGUUGUAAUUAUGAUUCACAGGAUUUACUAUUACACUCACUGUGUUCAAGGCUGAAUGGUUUUUAUUGUAUUCAUUUGCUAAUUCCUGUAGGACAUCUAUAUAUAGCACAUUGUAUGAUUAUAUAUGCAUUGUAUGAUCACAUUACAAGGUAACACACCAGCAGUAUCAGAGUAAACAUCUGCCCUUGAAACCUGCAUCGAGGAA